AUGGAAACUAUUGAAGUGAUUAGUGACCCAAUAGAGGAGCCAGUCACUGUUUCAGUCCUAGACGACUUUAGCUGGGCUGAAUGGCUCAAUAACGCCAGCUGUGUUCUGGUAGUCUAUGUGGAGCCGUUGUUAUGUUCGAUCGGAUUCCUGCUCAAUUGCGCUUGUAUCGCUGUGUUCCUCAGUGUCUCAAGUCAUGGAUAUUUUCGAAAAACAAGUCUCUUAUUUUACCUCGUCGCUUUGUCGAUCUGUAACGCUUUACAGCUCAUUUUGUCGAUUUUCGUCAUUGUUUUACCGGCUAUGGAACAGGCUAUUACCGGAGUGAUCGCAUAA